GGGCCAGGCAGCCACUGUCUGCCGAGCCAUGGCCGGCGGCGGGUGGCAGCACCUGGCGGUGGCGGCCAAGGAGCUCGCGGGCGCCACUGGCACGAAGGCCAAGGCCGUGACCCAGACGCUGGGCAAGGCAGUGCUGGCCACCAGCAAGGAGGUGCGGCAUCUUGUGCUGGAUGACGGUACCGAGCAGCCUGGCGAUGGGCAGCAUGUGCAGGGACCCUUUGACCAGUCCCAGGAGCCGCAGGUGGUGGUGGAUGCCUACGGCUUCAGCCUCACAGUCAUGCCAGACCAGGCCGCCAUCCUGGAGCGCUGCCGAGCCAGGCAGGAGGCGGUGCGGCAGAAAUGGGCGCAGCACGUGCAGGAGGGCGGCCUGCCGCCGCCGGACGCGCUGAAGAAGCUAUGUCGCAAGGGCAUACCGCCCGACAUGCGGCGCCAGCUGUGGCUGCAGCUGUCCGGCGCGGCGCAGCGGCGGCUAAAGGUGCCGCCUCACUACUACGCGGACGCCGCGCUGCAGGGCGCCUCCUCGCCCUUUGCGCACCAAAUAGAGCUGGACGUGCCCCGCACCUUCCCCAACAACGAGUGGGUGCAGAGCGAGGCAGGGCAGAACGCCGUGCGACACGUGCUGCUGGCCGCCGCGCGCCACAACCCCCGCGUCGGCUACUGCCAGUCCAUGAACUACCUGGCCGCCAUGCUGCUGCUGGCGCUGGGGCGGGACGAGGAGGACGCCUUCUGGGUGCUGGCCUCGCUCAUUGACGACAACGACGAGGGCAUCCUGUACCGCGACAUGUACGCGCGGGACCUCACCGGCACGCACGUGGAGAUGCGGUGCCUGCGGGAGCUGGUGCAGCACAAGCUGCCGCGCCUGGCGGCCCACAUGGAUGCCCUGGCCUGCGACAUGUCCAUACUGGCCACAGACUGGUUCCUGUGCCUGUUCUGCACCAGCCUGCCCUCGGAGACGGCGGCGCGCGUGUGGGAUGCGCUGCUGCACGAGGGCACCAAGGUGCUGUUCCGCGUCGCACUGGCCCUGCUCAAGCUACACGAGGGGGCGCUGCUGGCGCAGGACAACCCGGGGGAGCUGCUCAGGGCGGCGCGCCGGGUGGCGGCCGAGGCGUUUGACCGCGACGCGCUCAUGCAGGCGCGCCGCGCCGGCGCCGACCGCCUGGCCGGCUUGCCAGCUGUGUCGUGCGUUGCGUUUGAGGGGGUUGGGUCGAUGCCCAUGGAGCGCAUCAACAGCUACCGCGCCCGCAAGCAGCGGGAAGUGGACCGGGAGAUGGCGGAGCGCGAGACGCGGGUCAACCUGCGCCAGGCGGUGGCCAAGGACGGCUUUGUGCUGCAGGGCAGCGACGCGGAGCUGCUGCGCCGGCAGGCAGAGGCUGCCGCGGCGGCGGGCGGCGGCGGCGGCGGCGGCGCGGCGCCGGGCGCGGGUGACGGCGCCCAGGCUGACGGCGGUGGCGGCGCGCCGCGGGCGGGCGGCGGCCGCUGGGCGGCGCCGCUGCGGGCGCUGGGGGGCAAGGCCAAGGACACUCUGGAUCGCGGGCGCAUCCGCAUCACUCAUCGCAGGGGGCAGAGCCUGGGCGCCUCGCCGCUGCCAGACGACACCCAGCCCUACCCCUGA